UGUGGACAUCCAUAAAGAAAAGGUCGCUCGCAGAGAGAUAGGCAUUUUGACGACCAAUAAGAACACAUCGAGAACUCACAAAAUUAUAGCGCCAGCGAACAUGGAACGUCCUGUAAGGUAUAUUCGAAAACCUAUAGACUACACGGUGCUGGAUGAUGUUGGCCAUGGCGUAAAGCAUGGAAAUAACCAGCCUGCAAGAGCUGGCACCUUGUCAAGAACAAAUCCGCCUACACAAAAACCACCAAGUCCUCCCAUGUCAGGCCGGGGAACUCUGGGACGAAAUACUCCUUACAAAACCCUGGAGCCAGUCAAACCGCCCACAGUCCCCAAUGAUUACAUGACCAGUCCUGCGAGGCUGGGCAGUCAGCACAGUCCGGGAAGGACAGCUUCCUUGAACCAGAGACCAAGAACACACAGCGGUAGUAGUGGAGGAAGUGGCAGUCGAGAGAAUAGUGGAAGCAGCAGUAUUGGCAUUCCCAUUGCCGUGCCUACACCUUCACCGCCAACCAUUGGACCAGCACACAUUUCUGUUCCUCCUCCUGGAGCCCCGCCAGCACCACCACUGCCACCACCCCUCCCGAUGGGCAGUCUGAUAGCUGCUCCGGGUUCAGCUCCUGGGUCCCAGUAUGGCACAAUGACCAGGCAAAUCUCACGACACAACUCUACCACUUCUUCAGCAUCUUCUGGUGGAUACAGACGGAAUCCUUCUGUGACUGCCCCAUUUUCUGCUCAACCUCAUGUUAAUGGCGGGCCUCUUUAUUCUCAAAAUUCAAUUUCUAUUGCUCCACCCCCUCCCCCUAUGCCUCAGUUGACUCCACAGAUACCUCUCACAGGCUUCGUGGCCAGGGUGCAGGAAAACAUUGCGGAUAGCCCGACUCCUCCCCCACCACCGCCUCCCGAUGAGAUGCCGAUGUUUGAUGACUCGCCUCCUCCUCCACCCCCACCCCCCGUGGAUUAUGAGGAUGAGGAGGCUGCUGUUGUGCAGUACAGCGAUCCCUAUGCAGAUGGAGAUCCUGCUUGGGCACCUAAAAACUACAUAGAGAAAGUUGUUGCUAUAUAUGACUAUACAAAGGACAAAGAUGACGAGCUGUCGUUUAUGGAGGGUGCAAUCAUUUAUGUGAUAAAGAAGAAUGAUGACGGCUGGUAUGAAGGAGUUUGCAAUCGAGUAACUGGCUUGUUUCCUGGGAAUUAUGUUGAAUCAAUCAUGCACUAUGCUGAUUAAAAUCCUUUGCUUUUCAAAGCUGGGUCUUGUAUUCAGUCAUACCAUGGUUAUUUACAGGGGGUAAUUACAAGCUAACAGAAUUGUCUUAAUAUACUUUCAAAAAAACCUGUGCCCAUUUCUUCAGGCCAUACUGUUCUAAUGGUAUGAUUGAAUGUCCACCUCUCCAAGUCCCUGGAGAUGGUAUGUCUUACCUGAUGGCAAUUUGUAAAACAAGCAACUGUCUAUAACUGGUUAUACUUAUUUACUUAUGCAUUGUUAAUUUUAUGACCAGCCUAAAUAUUCUGGGGAAGUAGGGUAUAAUAUUUAAUGAAUCAUGAUCAGAUUGUGCCAUUACAUUUUUCAGUACAGCAUGGUAACUAACACUACGUUAGACUAACAUAUUAAAAUCUGGAUGAGAAGUUUAAUGUUAGUGCUGGUCAUAUUACUUUUUGUUUAGACUCUUUGCUCAUUCUUGAACUAUAUUUGUUUAAAGCAUGCAUACAAACUUAUGUAUUGAAAUAUACUUUUUUAAAAAUCCAAGAUGCUUCCAAUUGUUGUAAUCUUUACCUGGAGUAUUCUCACUAAAGUCUAUUACAAUGAGUUGUUUGGGUCUAAGGUGUCCAUGUGAAUCAAAAAAUGGGUGGUCUUAUGUAUGUGUAAUUUGUACCCAAGUUUUUUUAAUGAGUAAAUUUACAUUAUGACUUUUUCCAUUCAUAAAUAUAUAAGUGAACCAAA